UGUACAUAUAUCAGACUGGCUCUCGGAGACCGGAAGUCACAGAGGUACUAUUUCCUGUCUGUGCUAGUUGCGCACAUUUAUUCUCUGUGAGAGGUGCAGACUCUUGUCUGCUCUACCCCAUCGUAACCCUGUCACUCCCGGCGGGAACCAUGGCCUUCGUGCCGACCCCCAGCCCAACGGUGGUGGACCAGACCACCCUCAUGAAGAAGUACCUGCAGUUUGUGGCAGCCCUCACAGACAACAACACCCCUGAUGAAACAAAGUUGAAGAUGAUGCAGGAGGUCAGCGAGAACUUUGAGAAUGUGACAUCAUCACCACAGUACUCCACAUUCCUGGAACACAUCAUCCCUCGCUUCCUUACCUUCCUCCAGGACGGAGAGGUGCAGUUCCUGCAGGAGAAGCCCACACAGCAACUGAGGAAGCUGGUGCUGGAGAUCAUCCACCGGAUCCCAACUAAUGAACACCUGAGACCUCACACCAAGAACAUUCUCUCUGUCAUGUUUCGCUUCCUGGAGAUUGAGAGCGAGGAGAACGUGCUGAUAUGCCUGCGUAUUAUCAUUGAACUGCACAAACAGUUCCGUCCACAGAUCUCUCAAGAGAUCCAUCACUUUCUGGACUUUGUGAAGCAGAUCUAUAAGGAGCUGCCUAAAGUAGUGGCUCGGUACUUUGAGAAUCCCCAGGUGAUAGCUGAGAACACUGUGCCUUCUCCUGAGAUGGUGGGCAUGAUCACCUCGGUGUUGGUGAAGACCGCCCCCGAGAGGGAGGACAGUGAAACACGCACACACACCAUCAUCCCACGGGGGUCCCUGUCCCUGAAGGUGCUGGCUGAGCUGCCUAUCAUAGUGGUGCUCAUGUACCAGCUGUAUAAACUGAACAUCCAUAACGUGGUAUCUGAGUUUGUCCCCCUCAUUAUGAACACUAUCAUGCUGCAGGUUUCUCCCCAGGCCAGGCAACACAAGCUGUAUAACAAGGAGCUGUAUGCUGACUUUAUCGCUGCUCAGAUCAAGACCCUGUCCUUCCUGGCCUACAUCAUCCGCAUUUACCAGGACCUGGUAGGGAAGUACUCCCAGCAGAUGGUAAAGGGCAUGCUGCAGCUGCUCACCAACUGUCCCUCUGAGACAGCCCAUCUACGCAAGGAACUGCUCAUCGCUGCCAAACACAUCCUCACCACAGACCUGCGCAGCCAGUUCAUCCCUUGCAUGGACAAACUUUUUGAUGAGUCCAUACUGAUCGGGUCUGGCUACACAGCCCGGGAGACACUGAGACCACUGGCCUACAGCACGCUGGCAGACCUGGUGCACCACGUGCGUCAGAACCUGCCUCUCACAGACCUGUCUCUGGCCGUGCAGCUGUUUGCCAAGAACAUAGAUGACGAGUCUCUCCCCAGCAGCAUCCAGACCAUGUCCUGCAAACUGCUGCUUAACCUGGUCGACUGCAUCCGCUCCAAGAGUGAACAGGAGAACGGCAACGGCCGGGACAUACUGAUGAGAAUGCUGGAAGUGUUUGUGCUGAAGUUCCACACCAUUGCUCGCUACCAGCUCGCCACCAUCUUCAAGAAGUGCAAGCCCCAGUCAGAGAUGGGCGUGGUCGAACCUCAGGGGGCGCUACCCGGGGUCCCCACAACUCCUGCCCUCCCAGCCACCCCUGUCCUCCCUGCCCUGCCUCCCCUUGCGCCCCCUAACCCUGUCACCCCCGCCCCUCCCGCCCCCGCCACCCCCUUCGACCGGCUGGGAGAGAAGGAGGACAAGCAGACAUUCCAGGUGUCGGACUGUCGCAGCCUGGUGAAGACGCUGGUCUGUGGGGUGAAGACCAUCACCUGGGGAAUCACUUCCUGCAAGGCUCCUGGAGAGGCCCAGUUCAUUCCUAACAAGCAGCUUCAGCCCAAGGAGACUCAGAUCUACAUCAAGCUGGUGAAAUACGCCAUGCAGGCCUUGGACAUCUACCAGGUACAGAUUGCCAACAACCAGCAGACGUACAUCAGAGUGGCCAACUGUCAGACGGUGCGUAUGAAGGAGGAGAAGGAGGUGCUGGAGCACUUUGCUGGGGUCUUCACGAUGAUGAACCCCCUCACCUUCAAGGAGAUCUUCCAGACCACAGUCCCCUACAUGGUGGAGAGGAUCUCCAAGAACUACGCCUUGCAGAUCGUGGCUAACUCGUUCCUUGCUAACCUGUCGACGUCAGUCCUGUUUGCCACCAUCCUGGUGGAGUACCUUCUGGAGAGACUACCUGAGAUGGGCUCCAACGUAGAGCUGUCCAACCUCUACCUCAAGCUAUUCAAACUGGUCUUCGGCUCUGUCUCGCUGUUCGCUGCUGAGAACGAGCAGAUGCUCAAGCCUCACCUCCACAAGAUAGUGAACAGCUCCAUGGAACUGGCCCAGUCUGCUAAGGAACCAUACAACUACUUCCUGCUUCUCAGGGCUCUCUUCCGUUCCAUUGGUGGAGGCAGCCAUGACCUGCUUUACCAGGAGUUCCUGCCCCUACUACCCAACCUGCUGCAGGGCCUCAACAUGCUCCAGAGUGGUCUCCAUAAGCAGCACAUGAAGGAUCUGUUUGUGGAGCUGUGUCUGACGGUGCCUGUGAGGCUGAGCUCCCUGCUGCCCUACCUGCCCAUGCUGAUGGACCCGCUGGUCUCUGCUCUGAAUGGCUCCCAGACGCUGGUCAGCCAGGGCCUCCGCACCCUGGAGCUCUGUGUGGACAACCUGCAGCCAGACUUCCUCUACGAUCAUAUACAGCCCGUCAGAGCAGAGCUUAUGCAGGCGUUGUGGCGGACGCUGCGUAACCCAGCGGAGACCAUCAGCCAUGUGGCGUACCGAGUGCUGGGGAAGUUUGGCGGCAGCAACAGGAAGAUGCUGAAGGAAUCCCAGAGACUACAGUACGUGGUGACUGAGGUCCAGGGACCCAGCAUUAAGGCAGAGUUCACUGACUGCAAGGCCUCUAUACAGCUGCCCAUGGAGAAGGCUAUAGAGACUGCUCUGGAUUGUCUAAAGAGUGCCAACACGGAGCCGUACUACAGACGACAGGCCUGGGAGGUCAUCAAGUGUUUCCUGGUUGCCAUGACAAGCCUGGACGACAACAAACACGCCCUGUACCAGCUACUUGCUCACCCCAAUUUCACAGAGAAGUGGAUCCCUAGUGUGAUCAUCUCCCACCGCUACAAGGCCCAGGACACGCCGGCCCGCAGGACUUUUGAACAGGCACUGACCGGUGCAUUCAUGUCUGCUGUCAUUAAGGACCUCCGCCCCAGCGCUCUGCCCUUUGUGGCCAGCCUCAUCAGACACUACACCAUGGUGGCCGUCGCUCAGCAGUGUGGUCCGUUCUUGCUGCAGUGCUACCAGUUGGGCAGCCAGCCCAACACAGCUAUGUUCCACAGUGAGGAGAACGGUUCUAAGGGCAUGGAUCCGCUGGUUCUGAUCGACGCCAUCGCCAUCUGCAUGGCCUACGAGGAAAAGGAGCUGUGUAAAAUAGGAGAGGUGGCUCUGGCUGUUAUCUUCGACGUAGCCUCCAUCAUCCUGGGGUCCAAGGAGAGGGCGUGCCAGCUGCCUCUGUUCUCCUACAUCGUGGAGCGUCUGUGUGCAUGCUGCUAUGAGCAGGCCUGGUACGCCAAGCUGGGCGGGGUGGUGUCCAUUAAGUUCCUGAUGGAGAGACUACCUCUCAUCUGGGUCUUGCAGAACCAACUCACCUUCCUCAAGGCUCUGCUCUUCGUCAUGAUGGACCUCACUGGAGAGGUGUCUAAUGGUGCAGUAGCCAUGGCCAAGACCACUCUGGAGCAGCUCCUGGUUCGUUGUGCCACCCCUCUGAAGGAUGAGGAGAAGACUGAGGAGCUGCUGGCUGCUCAGGACAAGUCCUUCCACAUGGUCACCCAUGACCUGGUGAGAGAGGUCACCUCCCCCAACUCCACAGUCAGGAAGCAGGCCAUGCACUCCCUGCAGGUGCUAGCUCAGGUCACCGGGAAGAGUGUCACCAUCAUCAUGGAGCCGCACAAAGAGGUGUUACAGGACAUGAUUCCCCCUAAGAAACACCUGCUGCGUCACCAGCCGGCCAACGCCCAGAUCGGCCUGAUGGAGGGCAAUACCUUCUGCACUACCCUGCAGCCACGCCUCUUUACCAUGGACCUCAACGUCAUGGAGCACAAGGUCUUCUACACAGAGCUGUUGAACCUGUGUGAGGCUGAGGACGCUGCUCUGAUGAAACUGCCCUGCUAUAAGAGCCUGCCCUCUCUGGUUCCCCUGCGCAUCGCUGCCCUUAAUGCCCUGGCAGCUUGUAACUACCUGCCUCAGUCCAGAGAGAAGAUCAUUGCUGCACUGUUCAAAGCCCUCAACUCUACCAACUCUGAACUGCAGGAGGCAGGAGAGGCCUGUAUGAGGAAGUUCCUGGAAGGGGCCACCAUCGAGGUGGACCAGAUCCACACCCACAUGCGCCCUCUGUUGAUGAUGCUGGGGGACUACCGCAGUCUGACCCUCAACGUGGUCAACCGCCUCACCUCAGUCACACGCCUCUUCCCCAACUCCUUCAACGACAAGUUCUGUGACCAGAUGAUGCAACACCUUAGGAAGUGGAUGGAGGUGGUAGUCAUAACUCACAAGGGAGGCCAGCGCAGCGAUGGCAGUCCUGCAUUGGAGGGCGUUGAGGAGAUGAAGAUAUGUUCGGCCAUUAUCAACCUGUUCCACCUGAUCCCAGCAGCUCCUCAGACUCUGGUCAAACCUCUGCUGGAAGUGGUCAUGAAGACCGAGCGGGCCAUGCUUAUAGAGGCUGGCAGUCCGUUCAGGGAGCCCCUGAUCAAGUUCCUGACGCGUCACCCGUCCCAGACCGUAGAGCUGUUCAUGAUGGAGGCCACACUCAAUGACCCACAGUGGAGCCGCAUGUUCAUGAGUUUCCUGAAGCAUAAAGAAGCCAAGCCCCUGAGGGACGUGCUAGCCUCCAACCCGAGCCGCUUCGCCCCCCUGCUGGUCCCUGCUGGUACCGCAGCCACCGCUAGACCUGGGUCCCCCUCCACCAACACAGCCCGGCUUGACCUGCAGUUCCAGGCCAUCAAGAUUAUCAGCAUCAUAGUAAAGAAUGAGGAGGGCUGGUUGGCGGGCCAGCACUCUCUGGUCAGCCAGCUUAGACGGGUCUGGGUCAGCGAGGCCUUCCAGGAACGACACCGCAAAGACAACAUGGCCGCCAUCAACUGGAAGGAGCCCAAGCUGCUGGCCUACUGCCUGCUCAGCUACUGCAAACGAAACUUCAAUGAGAUCGAGCUGCUGUUCCAGCUGCUGAGGGCGUUCACGGGCCGUUUCCUGUGCAACAUGACCUUCCUAAAGGACUACAUGGAGGAGGAGAUCCCUAAGAACUACAGCAUCGCUCACAAACGAGCCCUCUUCUUCCGCUUCGUAGAGUUCAACGACCCACACUUCAACGAUGAGCUCAAAGCCAAGGUGUUGCAGCACAUCCUGAAUCCAGCGUUCCUAUACAGCUUUGAGAAGGGGGAGGGGGAGCAGCUUCUGGGACCGCCCAACCCAGAGGGAGACAACUCCGAGAGCAUCACCAGCGUCUUCAUCACCAAGGUCCUGGAUCCAGAAAAGCAGGCAGACCUCCUAGAUUCCCUCCGUAUCUACCUGCUCCAGUUCUCUACUCUCCUGGUGGAGCACGCCCCCCACCACAUCCACGACAACAACAAGUCCCGGAACAGCAAGCUGCGGCGCCUCAUGACCUUCGCCUGGCCAUGCCUGCUGCCCAAGGCCUGUGUUGACCCUGCCUGCAAGUACAGUGGCCACCUGCUCCUGGCACACAUCAUCGCCAAGUUCGCCAUCCACAAGAAGAUCGUACUGCAGGUGUUCCAUAGCCUGCUGAAGGCCCACACUAUGGAGGCCAGGGCUAUCGUCCGCCAGGCUAUGGCCAUCUUGACCCCGGCCGUGCCAGCCCGCAUGGAGGACGGACACCAGAUGCUGACCCACUGGACACGCAAGAUCAUCGUGGAGGAGGGACACACCGUCCCUCAACUGGUCCAUAUACUGCACCUUAUCGUCCAGCACUUCAGAGUGUACUACCCGGUGCGUCACCACCUGGUGCAGCACAUGAUCAGUGCCAUGCAGCGUCUGGGCUUCACCCCCAGUGUGACUAUUGAACAGAGGAAGCUGGCUGUGGACCUGGCUGAGGUUGUCAUCAAGUGGGAACUACAGAGGAUCAAAGACGCACUGCCGGAGGCGGAGGGGGCCGACCCAGGUGGUAGUGGAGAGGGGACCAGUGCAGGCGGUACUGGGGGGGUGAAGAGAGGCCUCUCCAUGGACUCUGCUGCCGGACAGGACGUCAAGAGGUUCCGUACCGCCACUGGAGCUGUCGCCGCGGUAACACCGCCCAGCACUAGUGUGUUUGGCCGCAGUACAUCCAUGCCGGUAACAGAGACUCUCCUCACCAAGCCAGUAGAGAAACAACACACAGACACCGUGGUCAACUUCCUCAUCCGCAUCGCCUGCCAGGUCAAUGACAGUGCCAACGUGGCGGGGUCUCCAGGUGAGCUCCUGUCCCGUCGCUGUGUAAGCCUGAUGAAGACUGCCCUCCGCCCUGACAUGUGGCCCAGAGCUGAGCUCAAACUACAGUGGUUUGACAAACUCCUCAUGACUGUGGAGCAGCCAGCCCAGGCUAACUUCUCUAACAUCUGUACUGGCCUGGAGAUCCUGUGCUUCCUGCUGACGGUACUCCAGUCCCCAGCCAUCCUUACCCACUUCAAGCCCCUCCAGAGGGGCAUUGCUGCCUGCAUGACCUGUGGCAACACCAAAGUCCUGCGGGCCGUCCACUCCCUGCUAUCCAGACUGAUGAGCGUAUUCCCCACCGAGCCCAGCACGUCAACUGUGGCGUCUAAGUAUGAGGAGUUGGAGUGUCUGUAUGCAGCGGUGGGGAAAGUAAUCUACGAGGGCCUCACCAACUAUGAAAAGGCCACCAGUAGUGCUAACCCAACACAGCUGUUUGGUACGUUGAUGAUUCUGAAGUCGGCUUGUAGUUACAACUCCAGCUACAUUGACAGGCUCAUCUCUGUGUUCAUGCGCUCGCUGCAAAAGAUGGUCCGAGAACACCUCAGUCCCCAGCAGGCCACCCCCGGGCCCACCGAGGCCAGCACAGAGCGCACAGGAGGGAGAGGGAGUGAGAGUGGCUCGCUCAUCACAGCAGCCGCCAGCGAAACAGUGACUAGUGAACUAGUGAUGCUGUCUCUGGACCUGGUGAAGAGUCGUCUGUCCGUCAUGUCCAUUGAGAUGAGGAAGAACUUCAUCCAAGUCAUCCUCACGUCGCUCAUCGAGAAGUCGCCUGACGCCAAGAUCCUCCGUGCCAUCGUCAAGAUCGUGGAAGAGUGGGUUAAGAACAACUCCCCCAUGGCAGCAAACCAGAUGCCCAAUCUUCGUGAGAAGUCCAUUCUGCUGGUGAAGAUGAUGACCUAUAUAGAGAAGCGUUUCCCUGAUGACCUUGAGUUAAACGCCCAAUUUCUGGACCUCGUUAAUUACGUUUACAGGGACGAGAGUCUCUCAGGAAGUGACAUCACGUCGAAGUUGGAGCCAGCCUUUCUGUCGGGUCUGCGUUGCGCCCAGCCUCUGAUCAGGGCUAAGUUCUUUGAGGUGUUUGACCUCUCCAUGAAGAGACGUGUCUACGAGAGGCUACUCUACAUCUGCUGCUCUCAGAACUGGGAGGCCAUGAGCAGCCACUUCUGGAUCAAACAAUGCAUAGAGCUGCUGCUGGCGGUGUGUGAGCGUAACAGCAUCAUCGGGACCAGCUGCCAGGGCUCCAUGCUCCCAUCCAUCACAAACGUCAUCAAUCUGGCCGACAGCCACGACCGUGCUGCCUUCGCCAUGGCAACCCACAUCAAGCAAGAGCCCAGAGAGAGGGAGAACAGCGAGACCAAGGAGGAGGAUGUGGAGAUCGACAUAGAGCUAGCCCCAGGGGACCAGACAGCCAUCCCCAAGAACAAGGAGCAGGCAGAGAAAGACACAGGCAACCAGCUACACAUGCUCACCAACCGCCACGACAAGUUCCUCGAUUCCCUUAGAGAGGUCAAGACGGGGGCGCUGCUGAAUGCCCUGGUCCAGCUGUGUCACAUCUCCACCCCCUUGGCUGAGAAGACCUGGGUACAGCUGUUCCCUCGACUGUGGAAGAUCCUCUCUGACCGACAGCAACACGCCCUGUCAGGUGAGAUGAGUCCUUUCCUGUGCAGUGGGAGCCACCAGGCUCAGAGGGACUGCCAGCCCAGUGCCCUCAACUGCUUCGUGGAGGCAAUGUCCCAGUGUGUGCCCCCUAUCCCCAUCAGGCCCUGUGUGUUGAAGUACCUGGGGAAGACUCACAAUCUGUGGCUGCGCUCCACUCUGAUGCUGGAACAGCAGGCCUUUGAGAAGGGCCUCAGCCUUCACAGCAAGCCCAAACAGAGCACCAAUGAGUUCUACGAACAGGAGAGCAUCACUCCACCACAACAGGAGAUCCUGGACUCCCUGGCAGAGCUGUACUCUCUACUGCAGGAGGAGGACAUGUGGGCGGGGCUGUGGCAGAAACGCUGCAAGUUCCCAGAGACCUCCACGGCUAUUGCCUACGAGCAGCACGGCUUCUUCGAACAGGCCCAGGAGAGCUAUGAGAAGGCUAUGGAAAAAGCCAGGAAGGAACACGAGAGGAGCAACGCCUCUCCUGCCAUCUUACCGGAGUACCAACUCUGGGAGGACCACUGGAUACGCUGUUCUAAAGAGUUGAACCAGUGGGAGCCUCUGACAGAGUACGGCCAGUCGAAAGGCAACAGCAACCCCUACCUGGUACUGGAGUGUGCCUGGAGAGUCUCCAACUGGGGCGCCAUGAAGGAAGCGCUGGUACAGGUGGAGCUGAGUUGUCCUAAGGAGAUGGCGUGGAAGGUGAACAUGCACCGUGGUUACCUGGCUAUCUGCCAUCCAGAGGAGCAGCAGCUCAACUUCAUAGAACGGCUGGUGGAGAUGGCCUCCAGUCUGGCCAUACGGGAGUGGAGGAGACUGCCUCACAUCGUGUCCCACGUACACACACCACUACUUCAGGCUGCCCAGCAGAUCAUCGAGCUCCAGGAGGCGGCCCAGAUCAACGCCGGACUGCAGCCAGCUAACCUGGGCCGUAACACCAGCCUCCACGACAUGAAAACUGUGGUGAAGACCUGGAGGAACAGGCUGCCCAUCGUCUCUGACGACCUCUCCCACUGGAGCAGCAUCUUCAUGUGGCGGCAGCACCACUACCAGGCCAUCGUGACGGCGUAUGAGACCAACACGCAGCACGACCCCAACACCAGCAAUGCCAUGCUGGGGGUCCACGCCUCCGCCUCUGCCAUCAUCCAAUAUGGCAAGAUAGGACGCAAACAGGGUCUUGUGAACGUGUCUCUGGACAUCCUGAGUCGUAUCCACACCAUCCCCACUGUGCCCAUCAUAGACUGCUUCCAGAAGAUCCGCCAGCAGGUCAAAUGUUACCUGCAGCUUGCAGGGGUCAUGGGCAAGAACGAGUGUAUGCAGGGUCUGGAGGUGAUAGAGUCAACCAACCUGAAGUACUUCACCAAGGAGAUGACCGCCGAGUUCUACGCUCUCAAAGGCAUGUUCCUGGCUCAGAUCAACAAGUCAGAGGAGGCCAACAAGGCGUUCUCGGCAGCGGUCCAGAUGCAUGAUGUCCUGGUGAAGGCCUGGGCCAUGUGGGGGGACUACCUGGAGAACAUCUUCGUUAAGGAGCGCCAGCUGCACCUGGGUGUCUCCGCCCUCACCUGCUACUUGCACGCCUGCCGACAUCAGAACGAGAGCAAGUCACGCAAGUACCUGGCCAAGGUGCUGUGGCUGCUGAGCUUUGAUGACAAGAACACCCUGGCGGAUGCUGUGGACAAGUACUGCAUCGGGGUGCCGCCCAUCCAGUGGUUGGCAUGGAUACCACAGCUCCUGACCUGCCUGGUGGGGUCAGAGGGCAAACCCCUGCUCAACCUCAUCAGCCAGGUGGGACGAGUGUACCCCCAGGCAGUCUACUUCCCCAUCCGCACCCUCUACCUGACGCUCAAGAUCGAGCAGAGGGAACGCUACAAGAGCGACUCAGGCCAGCAGCAGCCCAGUUCUGUGGGGGCCCAGACCCACUCGGCGUCUGACCCGGGCCCCAUCAGGGCCACGGCCCCUAUGUGGCGCUGCAGCAGGAUCAUGCACAUGCAGCGAGAGCUGCACCCCACCCUGCUUUCCUCUCUGGAGGGCAUUGUGGACCAGAUGGUCUGGUUCAGAGAGAACUGGCACGAAGAGGUCCUGAGACAGCUCCAGCAGGGUCUGUUUAAGUGCUACUCGGUGGCGUUCGAGAAGAGCGGUGCCGUGUCGGACGCCAAGAUCACGCCGCACACGCUGAACUUCGUCAAGAAGCUGGUGAGCACUUUUGGCGUGGGGCUGGAGAACGUCUCCAACGUUUCCACCAUGUUCUCCAGUGCGGCGUCCGAGUCGCUCGCCCGCCGAGCCCAGGCCACCGCUCAGGACCCGGUCUUCCAGAAGAUGAAGGGACAGUUCACCACAGACUUUGACUUCAGCGUGCCUGGCUCCAUGAAGCUCCACAACCUCAUCUCUAAGCUCAAGAAGUGGAUCAAGAUCCUGGAGGCCAAGACCAAGCAGCUGCCCAAGUUCUUCCUGAUCGAGGAGAAGUGCCGCUUCCUUAGCAACUUCUCAGCCCAGACCGCCGAGGUGGAGAUCCCUGGAGAGUUCCUCAUGCCCAAACCCACACACUAUUACAUCAAGAUCGCACGGUUCAUGCCCAGAGUGGAGAUAGUCCAGAAACACAACACGGCAGCACGACGUCUCUACAUCAGAGGUCACAAUGGGAAGAUCUACCCCUACCUGGUGAUGAACGAUGCCUGUCUGACUGAGUCCCGCAGGGAGGAGAGGGUCCUGCAGCUACUGAGGCUGCUCAACCCCUGUCUGGAGAAGAGGAAGGAGACCACCAAGAGACACCUCUUCUUUACUGUCCCUAGGGUGGUAGCUGUGUCUCCUCAGAUGCGUCUGGUAGAGGACAACCCAUCAUCUCUGUCUCUGGUGGAGAUCUAUAAGCAACGCUGUGCCAAGAAAGGCAUUGAGCACGACAACCCCAUCUCACGCUACUACGACCGCCUGGCUACUGUACAGGCUAGAGGCACACAGGCCAGCCACCAGGUGCUGCGUGACAUUCUGAAGGAGGUGCAGGGGAACAUGGUACCUCGCAGCAUGCUGAGGGAGUGGGCGUUACACACCUUCCCCAACGCUACAGACUACUGGACCUUCAGAAAGAUGUUCACCAUCCAGCUGUCUCUCAUCGGUCUGGCUGAAUUCAUGUUACACCUCAACCGCCUCAACCCUGAGAUGCUGCAAAUAGCACAGGACACGGGGAAGCUGAAUGUGUCUUACUUCCGCUUCGACAUCAAUGAUGCCACUGGUGAUCUGGACGCCAACCGGCCCGUGCCCUUCCGUCUGACGCCCAACAUCUCAGAGUUCCUGACCACCAUCGGCGUCUCUGGCCCCCUCACCGCCUCCAUGAUCGCUGUGGCACGCUGCUUUGCUCAACCAAACUUCAAGGUGGAUGGCAUCCUGAAGGCGGUGCUCCGUGAUGAGAUCAUCGCGUGGCACAAGAAGACCCAGGAGGACACGUCCAUGCCCCUGUCCCCAGCAGGCCAGCCUGAGAACAUGGACUCCCAGCAGCUAGUGUCCCUGGUGCAGAAGGCUGUGACGGCCAUCAUGACCAGGCUCCACAACCUGGCCCAGUUCGAGGGAGGGGAGUCAAAGGUCAACACCCUGGUGGCUGCUGCCAACAGCCUGGACAACCUCUGUCGCAUGGACCCUGCCUGGCACCCCUGGCUAUAAGGGGGGAGAGGAGAUACCUGGCAGCCCUGGUUGUGAGGGGGGGGGAGAUUAAGAAGACAAUGGACAUGAUAAAACCUAUGAAAUGAGGGGGUUCUAAUGCACAUUAUAAACAGGGUGGUUUGAACCCUGGAUGCCGAUUGACAGACAGCCGUGGUAUAUCAGACCUUAUACCACGGGUAUGACAAAAUGUUUAUUUUUACUGCCCUAAUUAUGUUGGUGACCAGUUUAUAAUAGUAAUAAGGCACCUCCGGGGGUUGGUGGUGUAUGUCCAGUAUACUGAACCGGGGCUAAGGGCUGUAUCCAAGCAUGCCUCGUUGCGUCAUGCCUAAGAACUGCCCUAGCUGUGGUAUUUUGGCCAUAUACCACACCCCCUCGGGCCUUAUUGCUUAUGCUGCUCACACAACCAUAAGAUGUCAUCAUUGGCCACUGAAUAGCGUGACAGGCGCCUUUUACUAUUGAGCCACAGAAAAGAGGAAAUCAUAAGAUGUAAACUGGAAGUGAAGAAAAUGCUUUUGUCAUGUAGAAAUGGUCCUGUCAGGUAUUAUUUUUGAAGAGGGCUUCCUGGUCUCAAGCUGAAAGGAUGCAGCGAUUUACUGUAGCAAGCAAACAAAGCAAGGGAACGAUGUAGCGAAGUUGAGUGCUGCAGAACCAGUCAGGUACCCAUGUUAUCAGGAAAUAGCCUGGUAAAACCAGUCUGGACACGUUCAGUCUUGUUUAACCAGGCUAAUCAGGAAACUCACUAUGAUGGAGAAACUAAGGCACUCGAACCAAACGUAGUCUGACACAUGUUUAUUCUGCAUCCCCUCUCUGUACUUGACUUACUGUGUGUUGUGUAUAUCAUCCCUCCAUGAAAAUGGAACAGUCCAGGGAGUAUUGGAGGAAGUACAGUACUGUUUUAUAAUACUCAUUUUGUGUAGAGGUCAUAUGAUUUUCAGUUGAUGUUGUAAUAGUCUCAAUGAGUCUUUUCUAAGUUUACAAGUUGACUCCAGUGAAUCAACGCAAUGUUAAACAUAUUCUAAGUCCUUCUUUUUGAGUUUGUAUUAUUAUUUAAAUACCAAAUUAUGUGUUUGACAUUUUUUUUAUAUAUCCCCCAAAAAUGUAGAAUAUAAUGUUCUUGUGAAUAAUUAUGCUGUGCCAUUCCUUUUCACUGCCUGGGGUGUGUGUACUGUACAAUGUCCGAGCUACUCAAAAGCCAUUUUUACUUUAGGUUUUCGUUCUAUUGCAGCUGUCAGAAGUCUAGAUGAGGAUAUUUUUUUUUUAAGCUGAUUGAAUUCCCUUUAGCACAACUGUCUUGCACUCAAGCGUUCAGGUUCAAGACUGUACUCCGUAAGCAGUAUCUAUACAUACAGCAUCUCUGUAGUAGCCUAUAUGGGCUACACUGACGUGUUUUUUGUAUGCGUUAUCCCCCAUUUUUUGUAAAGGUACAGUGCUUUUCGACCAACUGAAGGAUUGUUACCUCCUGCCUUGUAAAUAUGCAUUUUGUUUUAAUAAAAUGCUCUUUUAAAUCAUU